UCAAAGAACGGCUUUUGAAGCUGAGAGCAACAGGUAUUGAUGGGGUUAUGGUUGAUGUGUGGUGGGGGAUCAUAGAACUGAGGGGGCCUAAGCAGUAUGAUUGGAGAGCCUAUAGGAGCUUGUUUCAUCUGGUUCAGGAAUGUGGCUUGAAACUUCAAGCUAUUAUGUCAUUCCAUCAGUGUGGAGGGAAUGUAGGAGAUGUAGUUAACAUCCCAAUUCCCAAGUGGGUGCUCGACAUUGGAGAAUCUGAUCCUGAUAUCUUCUACACCAACCGUUCAGGCACAAGGAACAAGGAGUAUCUAACUAUUGGUGUGGACGAUAAGCCUAUAUUCCAUGGAAGAACAGCCAUUGAGAUAUACAGUGACUACAUGAAGAGUUUCAGAGAAAACAUGUCAGACUUUUUAGAAUCUGGGCUUAUUAUAGAUAUUGAAGUAGGGCUUGGCCCAGCAGGAGAGCUCAGAUAUCCCUCUUAUCCACAAAGUCAAGGAUGGCAGUUUCCUGGUAUUGGAGAAUUUCAGUGCUAUGACAAAUAUUUGAAGGAAGAUUUCAAAGCAGCUGCAGCAAGGGCUGGCCAUCCUGAAUGGGAACUGCCAGAUGACGCAGGCCAGUACAAUGAUGUUCCAGAAUCUACUGGAUUCUUCAAAUCAAAUGGCACGUAUGUCACUGAGAAAGGGAAGUUCUUCUUGACUUGGUAUUCAAACAAAUUGCUGAGUCAUGGUGAUCAAAUCCUAGAGAAAGCCAACAAAGCAUUCCUGGCCUGUAAAGUCAAAUUAGCGAUCAAAGUAUCUGGAAUCCACUGGUGGUACAAAGUUGAAAAUCACGCAGCUGAGCUUACUGCUGGAUAUUACAACCUUAAUGAUAGAGACGGAUAUCGUCCCAUUGCAAGAAUGCUGUCUCGCCAUCAUGCCAUUUUGAACUUUACGUGUCUUGAGAUGAGAGACUCAGAACAAAGCUCAGAUGCCAAAAGUGCACCACAGGAGCUCGUAAUGCAGGUACUGAGUGGAGGUUGGAGAGAAGACAUCCUAGUUGCUGGAGAAAAUGCACUUCCAAGGUAUGAUUCCACAGCAUACAACCAAAUCAUACUGAACGCAAGGCCACAAGGCGUCAACAAAAAUGGCCCUCCAAAACUUAUGAUGUUUGGAGUGACAUAUCUUCGCCUAUCAGAUGAUCUACUGCAACAAUCAAAUUAUGAUACGUUCAAAAAAUUUGUGCUAAAGAUGCAUGCAGAUCAGGGUUACAGUGAAGACCCUCAAAACUACAAUCAUGUCAUAACUCCAUUGAAGCCAUCGGCACCAAAGAUUCCCAUUGAGGUUCUUCUUGAAGCGACUAAACCAAUACCGCCAUUCCCCUGGCUUCCAGAGACAGAUAUGAAAAUUGAUGGCUGA